AUGUUUAAUACGGAUUUUGUCGCACAAGUAGUCGACUAUACAUCUGGUGUUCAUUAUAUNAAUUUGGAUCCUUUCGGCGAAUACAGCGACCAAAGGAUAUGGAGUGCCUUAGAAGAGGUGCAGCUGAAGGGGGCGGUGGGGGACCUCCCGGGCCAGUUGGACGGCCAGUUGGCCGAAGGGGGCGCUAAUCUGAGUGUAGGUCAGAGGCAGUUGGUAUGUCUGGCGCGGGCUAUACUGCGGCACAAUAGGGUACUAGUGCUGGACGAGGCGACCGCUAAUGUUGACCAUCAAACCGAUGCCUUAAUUCAGACCACAAUUCGUCACAAAUUCAGUGACUGUACUGUCCUUACGAUCGCUCACAGACUCAACACUAUUAUAGAUUGCGAUCGCGUUUUGGUGUUAGACGCGGGAGAGAUCAUAGAGUUUGACGAACCGUUUGUUUUACUACAACGAAAGGGACAGUUGUAUGACAUGUGCCGCAAGACUGGGAAACAUAUGUUCAAUCAUUUACUAAAUAUGGCUAAAGAAUCACAUCUUAAGAGAUUUGAUACCUUAGAAGUGGACGAAGAAAACAUAUCGACGUAUCUUUGAUGAUAAUCAUAUUAAAUAUAUUUCA